AUGGCCAAUUACACCAUAGUGCCCGAAUUCCUACUUAUGGGAUUUUCUAGUGACCAAAAGCUACAAAUCUGGAUUGCUGUUCUGUUCUUACUGAUAUACCUGGCAGCUCUGAUGGGAAAUAUUCUCAUCAUUGUCAUUGCUACUUUUCAUCCAUGUCUUCAUGCCCCCAUGUACCUUUUUCUGAAGAACUUGUCCUUUGUAGAUAUAUGCUACAUUUCUGUCACCGUCCCUAAAGCCAUCUUCAACAACCUGUUGCACAGCAACUUCAUCUCUUUCCUGGGAUGUGUUUUACAGGUGUUUUUCUUGGUGUCUUUUGCCUUUACUGAGCUGGCCCCCCUCAUUGCAAUGAGUUACGACCGUUAUGUUGCUAUUUGCUACCCUCUACACUAUGAGAUUAUCGUGAACAGAGGGGCCUGUUUGCACAUGGUGGCUGCUUCAUGGCUCAGUGGGGGCUUCUUUGGACUGAUGCACACAGCUGCUAGCUUCUCCGAACCCUUCAGUGGGUCCAACGUGAUUCCCCAGUUUUUCUGUGACAUUCCCCAGCUCCUGAGGAUUUCUCAUCCUAAGGCAAUCAUUAGAGAAAUGGGUGUCACAAUCUUCAACUUAAACCUUUCCUUUCUCUGUUUUGUGCCCAUCGUCAUCUCCUACAUUCACAUCUUCUCCACAGUGCUGAGGAUACCAUCUGCAGAAGGUCGAUCCAAAGCCUUCUCCACUUGCCUGCCCCAUCUCAUUGUUGUGACUUUUUUCAUUUCAACUGGAAGCUUUGCCUAUUUGAAACCGAAAUCAGAUUCGCCCUCUUUUCUGGAUCUGUUGCUCUCAUUGUUCUACAUGGUGUUACCUCCUGCCAUGAACCCCAUUAUCUACAGCUUGAGGAACAAGGACAUGAAGGAUGCUCCGGGGAAGUUCCUGAGCUCAAGAAUAUUAACUGGGAGUAAAACAUUAUUUCACUCCUUACAUAUGUUUCCUAUUCAUUCUAUCCCAGAUUUUCACUUCAGCACCCUCCCCUCCUUCAAAAUGAACCAAUGA